AUGGAGGAAAAACCAUUAAAGUCUAUCGUUUACAUUUACACAGACUGUCAAACAGUGGCCAGUGAUAUCCUUUUUCUCUUGGAUGCAUCAGGAAGUAUCGGAGAACAUGUCUAUCAUACGCAAAUCAUUCCAUUUGUACAGGAUUUUAUCAGUAAACCUACACUCAGGUUUGGUCCUUCCAACACCCAGGUCGGUGUCAUGGCAUUUGCCGAUGGACAGCACAGUGAUUUGCCCUUGAAAAAUUUUCAAACGAAGAUAGAAUUAAUAACCGAAAUUCAGACGUAUAUGUCAUUUCGUGGUGGAGCGACUGACACACACAACGCUUUGACGCAUGUUAGGGAGCAUAUGUUUACGAAAGAGAAGGGUGACCGUCCGGGGGCGGAAGACGUUCUGGUCAUAAUGACGGACGGGGGUUCGUCAAUUCCAGAAGAAACUGUGAAAGAAAUCUACAAUAAUUCUCAGAAGGACUUCUUUUGUGGCUCUGUGUUCAUUUUCAUUAAUAGCCUUAAACGUCAGAAUGUAACAAUCUACGUGGUGCCAGUCGGGAAUUGUAAGUUUUACUGGAACGAAAUUUACAGUAUGGCCACCAGCUCACAUCACGUGAUCACUGAUUUGAAUCACAUUGAUACUUUCACAGCAGCGCAACUCCUGUGGAGAUGGAUCUGUAGAGCUGCUACAACAUUUUCCACAUUCACGUCCUUGACUUCGAGAAGGCCACACAAUCCUGUAUUUAUUCCACUUUUUCCGACAGCACCAACAACUAUAUCUCCAAAAACAACCAACCCUCAACAUGUUUUCUUUACCGCCAAUAUCAUACAUCCAUCACACCUACCCUGUGUUGACGCUGAUCCAGACUGUCCUACGUACCCCCCGGACGUCUGUACAGCUGAUAAAGACUGGGCCAGGAGCAGCUGUAGAAAGACAUGUGUCCUGUGUGAAGUACCGACAACAAUAUCCCCUAUGCCAACAACCACUCCCAAACCGACAUCAACUACAUCCAAAGCUACAACAACCACUCCCAAACCGACAACGACUACUCCAAAACCAACAACGACUACUCCCACAACAACCACUCCCAAACCGACAACAACUACUCCCAAGCCGACAACAACCACUCCCAAACCGACAACAACGAACCCCAAACCGACAACAACCACUCCCAAACCCUUAACAAUCACACCUAAGCCUUCAACGACAGCACCAAAACCACAUUUUCAAACAGCGACCUGUGACGACCAGGACCCGUUCUGUAGCACGUACUCUCUGGCAAUUUGUACAACAAACCCGGUUUGGGCGUCUGGCAGCUGUAGAAAAACUUGUGGACUGUGUCAUAGUAAACCUACCACAAAACCCACAACAACGACGUCAAAACCCACAACCGCGAAAGCAACUCCACAACGCCAUCACUACGUCACCAUUAGAAGUAUUGUUGGAGAAAAAGGAGGUGGAAUUUUAAAUAUAAAAAUUUGAUAACAAG